AUGUAUGCCACAAGAGCCAUGCGAUCUGCCUUCCAGCCCACGCGCCGCUUGAUGCGCCCGGUGCCCAACGAGGAGCAGGCUGCUCACACCGUCUCGCAACGCCUCCGACGACUCCGCAAGAUCCCCGCUGAGUUGAUCCCUCUCGGUGUUGUCGUUGGCUUCGCCGUCAUCGCUGCCGGUUACUCGAUCACUCGCCACUUGUUCGUCGACAAGACCAUCCGCCUCAAGCGCCAGAACCGAGCUGCGGAUGCCGCUGCCGAGCAGCACCACUAG